AUGGCAAGGCGCAAGCCAGAAGGGUCCAGCUUCAACAUGACCCACCUAUCCAUGGCUAUGGCCUUUUCCUUUCCCCCAGUUGCCAGUGAGCAACUCCACCCUCAGCUGGGCAACACCCAGCACCAGACAGAGUUAGGAAAGGAACUUGCUACCACCAGCACCAUGCCCUAUCAAUAUCCAGCGCUGACCCCGGAGCAGAAGAAGGAGCUGUCUGACAUCGCUCACCGCAUCGUGGCCCCGGGCAAGGGCAUCCUGGCUGCAGAUGAGUCCACUGGGAGCAUUGCCAAGCGGCUGCAGUCCAUUGGCACUGAGAACACCGAGGAGAACCGGCGCUUCUAUCGUCAGCUGCUGCUGACAGCUGAUGACCGGGUGAACCCCUGCAUCGGGGGUGUCAUCCUCUUCCACGAGACACUCUACCAGAAGGCGGAUGAUGGGCGUCCCUUCCCCCAAGUUAUCAAAUCCAAGGGCGGUGUUGUGGGCAUCAAGGUAGACAAGGGCGUGGUCCCCCUGGCAGGGACAAAUGGUGAGACCACCACCCAAGGGCUGGAUGGGCUGUCUGAGCGCUGUGCCCAGUACAAGAAGGAUGGCGCUGACUUCGCCAAGUGGCGUUGUGUGCUGAAGAUUGGGGAGCAUACCCCCUCAGCCCUUGCCAUCAUGGAAAAUGCCAACGUCCUGGCCCGUUAUGCCAGCAUCUGUCAGCAGAAUGGCAUUGUGCCCAUCGUGGAGCCUGAAAUCCUCCCUGAUGGGGACCAUGACUUGAAGCGCUGUCAGUAUGUGACUGAGAAGGUGCUGGCUGCUGUCUACAAGGCUCUGAGCGACCACCACAUCUACCUGGAAGGCACCUUGCUGAAGCCCAACAUGGUUACCCCAGGCCACGCCUGCACUCAGAAGUUUUCUCAUGAGGAGAUUGCCAUGGCGACUGUCACAGCGCUGCGCCGCACGGUUCCCCCUGCUGUCCCUGGCAUCACCUUCCUUUCUGGAGGCCAGAGUGAGGAGGAGGCAUCCAUCAACCUCAAUGCCAUCAACAAGUGCCCCCUGCUGAAGCCCUGGGCCCUGACCUUCUCCUACGGCCGAGCCCUGCAGGCCUCUGCCCUGAAGGCCUGGGGUGGGAAGAAGGAAAACAAGAAGGCAGCGCAGGAGGAGUACAUCAAGCGCGCCCUGGCCAACAGCCUCGCCUGUCAAGGAAAGUACACCCCAAGCGGUCAGGCUGGGGCUGCUGCCAGCGAGUCCCUCUUCAUCUCUAACCAUGCCUACUAAGCGGAGGUGUUCCCAGGCUGCCCCCAACACUCCAGGCCCCGCCCCCUCCCACACUCUCUUGAAGAGGGGGCCUCUUACUCCGGGGCUCCAGGCUGUCUUGCCCACACUCUUGCCUCCCUUGUGACAGUGAUGUGUGGUGUUGUCUGUGUAUGCUAACUCCAUCGCCCUUUCCAGCACACUGCCAAUAAACAGCUAUUUAAGGGGGA